AUGGCUUCAAGGCUUGUGGGAAUUACAAUGGCGGCCGGAUCUAUGUCAGAAGUGAUAGCUUUAGAGGUCGUGGCCGACGCAGUGGAGAUGGUUACCAACAAGGAAGGAAGAGAGAAGGGCGGAUAUCAUGGCACAAUCAAUAUGGUUGAUCUGCCUUUGGGUGCAACGGAAGAUAGAGUUUGUGGCACAAUCGACAUUGAGAAAGCUCUCACCGAAGGUGUGAAGGCAUUCGAGCUCGGCCUCCUGGCAAAAGCCAACAGAGGGAUUCUGUAUGUGGAUGAGGUUAAUCUUUUGGAUGAUCAUUUAGGGGUGGAUGUUCUGCUAGAUUCUGCUACCUCGGGUUGGAACACUAUCGAGAGAGAGGGAAUCUCAAUUUUGCACCCAGCCAGGUUCAUACUCAUUGGAUCUGGAAAUCCGGAAGAGGGAGAACUGAGGCCACAGCUUCUUGACCGUUUUGGGAUGCAUGCCCAAGUUGGGACAGUGAGGGAUGUUGAGCUCAGGGUCAAGAUAGUCGAGGAGAGAGCACGAUUUGACAAGAAUCCUAAAGAAAACUCAAUCCUAGAUUAUAUGUAA